GCUUCCUCGCCGUCCUGGUUGAAGAUGGCUGUGUAGACCGGAGCGCGCCGGAGGGACCAGGCGGCGGGCGCCGAGCCUCGUACGCCCGAGUCAGCGCUCUGAGGCCGGGAGGCGGCGAGGGCGGAGGAGCCCGGCGCCGGGGAGCGCAGUCAUGAGUUCUGGGGUCGCCGCGAGGCACGGAGACGACCCCGCGGCCGAGCUGAGCGAGCUCCACUUGGCAGCCCUGGCAUCACUCAAGGGAGAUAUAGUGGAGCUUAAUAAACGUCUGCAGCAAACAGAGCGGGAACGAGACCUUCUGGAAAAGAAAUUAGCCAAGGCACAGUGUGAGCAGUCCCACCUCAUGAGAGAACAUGAGGAUGUCCAGGAGCGGACAACGCUUCGGUAUGAGGAGCGCAUCACAGAACUCCACAGCAUCAUUGCUGAGCUCAAUAAGAAGAUAGACCGUUUGCAAGGCACCACCAUCAGGGAGGAAGAUGAGUACUCAGAACUGCGGUCAGAACUCAGCCAGAGCCAGCAUGAGGUCAACGAAGACUCUCGAAGCAUGGACCAAGACCAGACCUCUGUCUCCAUCCCCGAAAACCAAUCCACCAUGGUCACUGCUGACAUGGAUAAUUGCAGUGACCUGAACUCAGAGCUGCAGAGAGUGCUGACAGGCCUGGAGAAUGUUGUCUGCUGCAGGAAGAAGAGCAGCUGCAGCCUUUCCGUGGCCGAAGUGGACAGGCGCAUUGAGCAGCUCACCACGGCCAGUGAGCACUGUGACUUGGCCAUCAAGACAGUUGAGGAGAUCGAGGGGGUACUUGGCCGGGACCUGUAUCCCAACCUGGCUGAAGAGCGGUCUCGUUGGGAGAAGGAGCUGGCCGGGCUGAGGGAAGAGAAUGAGAGCCUGACUGCCAUGCUGUGCAGUAAAGAAGAGGAGCUGAACAGAACCAAGGCCACCAUGAAUGCCAUCCGGGAGGAGCGGGACCGGCUCCGGAGGAGGGUUCGAGAGCUUCAAACACGACUACAGAGCGUGCAGGCCACAGGGCCCUCUAGCCCUGGCCGCCUCACUUCCGCCAACCGCCCAGUUAACCCCAGUACCGGGGAGCUGAGCACGAGCAGCAGCAGCAAUGAUAUUCCCAUUGCCAAGAUUGCUGAGAGGGUGAAGCUAUCGAAGACCAGGUCUGAGUCUUCAUCAUCGGAUCGGCCGGUCCUAGGAUCAGAAAUCAGUAGUAUAGGGGUAUCCAGCAGUGUGGCAGAACACCUGGCCCACUCUCUUCAGGACUGCUCCAACAUCCAGGAAAUCUUCCAGACACUCUACUCACAUGGAUCUGCCAUCUCCGAAAGCAAAAUUAGAGAGUUUGAGGUGGAAACAGAACGAUUGAAUAGCCGCAUCGAACAUCUCAAAUCCCAAAAUGACCUCCUGACCAUAACCCUGGAAGAAUGCAAAAGCAACGCCGAAAGGAUGAGCAUGCUGGUAGGAAAGUAUGAAUCCAAUGCCACAGCACUGAGGCUGGCCCUGCAGUACAGUGAGCAGUGCAUAGAAGCCUACGAACUGCUGCUGGCCCUGGCGGAGAGCGAGCAGAGCCUCAUCCUGGGGCAGUUCCGGGCAGCUGGCGUGGGGUCCUCCACUGGAGACCAGUCAGGGGAUGAAAACAUCACUCAGAUGCUCAAGUGCGCGCACGACUGUCGGAAGACUGCUGAGAAUGCUGCCAAGGCCCUGCUCACGAAGCUGGAUGGCAGCUGUGGGGGCGCCUUUGCCGUGGCUGGCUGCAGCGUGCAGCCCUGGGAAAGCCUCUCCUCCAACAGCCACACCAGCACAACUAGCUCCACAGCCAGUAGCUGUGACACCGAGUUUACUAAAGAAGAUGAGCAGAGGCUGAAGGAUUACAUCCAGCAGCUCAAGAACGACAGGGCGGCGGUCAAGCUGACCAUGCUGGAGCUAGAGAGUAUCCACAUCGAUCCCCUCAGCUACGACGUUAAGCCCCGGGGGGACAGCCAGCGUCUGGACCUGGAAAAUGCUGUGCUGAUGCAAGAGCUGAUGGCCAUGAAGGGACCUCAUAGCAUCUGUGCUCCGCAGGAGGAGAUGGCCGAGCUGAAGGCUCAGCUCUACCUACUGGAGAAGGAGAAGAAGGCCCUGGAGCUGAAGCUGAGCACGCGGGAGGCCCAGGAGCAGGCCUACCUGGUACAUAUUGAGCACUUGAAGUCCGAAGUGGAGGAACAGAAGGAACAGCGCACACGCUCACUGAGCUCCACCAGCAGCGGGGGCAAAGACAAGCCUGGCAAGGAAUGUGCUGAUGCUGCCUCUCCAGCUCUGUCACUGGCUGAACUAAGGACAACGUGUAGCGACAGCGAGCUGCCUGCGGAGUUCGCCAGCGCCAUCCGUAGAGAAAAGAAGUUGAAGGCCAGAGUUCAAGAGUUGGUGAGCGCCUUGGAAAGACUCACCAAGAACAGUGAAAUCCGGCACCAGCAAUCAGCGGAGUUCGUUAAUGACCUAAAGCGGGCCAACAGCAACCUGGUGGCUGCCUAUGAAAAAGCAAAGAAGAAGCAUCAAAACAAACUGAAGAAGUUGGAGUCUCAGAUGAUGGCCAUGGUGGAGAGACACGAGACCCAAGUGAGGAUGCUCAAGCAAAGAAUAGCUCUGCUGGAGGAGGAGAACUCAAGGCCACACACCAAUGAGACUUCACUUUAAUUGGCAGUUGGGCACAAAGCUCUGCCUGUGGAAGCCAAACUCUAGCAGGUCACCGGGGAGAGAAGGGCCCUGGGAGACAGAGCACCUGGUGGGAGAGUGACAAAAGGGAAGGCUAGCAGGUAGGUCAGCACCUGCAUAACAGAGUACCAUGGACUCAGCUCUGGCGAUGAGUGGCCUGGUGAUACCAUGUACUCUCCCCAGAGGAUCUUGUGCCUCCCCUUCUGGGACCAUGGACAGUGUGUAAAUACCUGCUCUGUGUGCCAUGCUCAGUAGGCCUUGCUUUUGCUUUUAGCACUGGCAGUCACUCUCCUACCCGUUCUGAAGGUUGUGCAUCAGUGGUACCCUUGGCAUUUGUUUUAUAAGAUGGUCCUUUCUUCUCUUCUCUUUUGGUAGUGAUCUGGUCUUUCACAUCCCCAGUUUCUCCUUUCUUUCUUUCUUCAGGGAUAAACACAGACACACAUGUGGGAGUGGGAGAAGGUGUCUUUGGCCUCUGGAACUGCUGAUUUGUUUACUGUGCAACCAGGAUUUGGCUUUCAAGACCCACGUACCAGCUCUGAGAGACAGGCUGUCACUCAGACGUGCUCCGAGGAGAUUACAGGGGGAUGGUACAUAGGGGUUACAGUCCCAGAUACAUUUAAAGUUACACGUCAGGCAACCCCAGGGCUAUGGCUGAACGAUUCUGUUUGGGAGAAUGAGCACUUCUUUCACCUCUCACUGUGGAGGUAGGGCUGGGAAGGACACUUUCUUUUGACUGUCGGAUUUUCCCUCCCAGUGUAGCCUUAUUAAAGCCAAGACUUAGAGCUGAGAUAGAAUUUUAGUUCCACCAUCUAUAUUAAUAGGACUAUCUUUCCUCAAGAGCAGAGGAGCAUUGUUAGUACUUUUGCCCACCUCAGGGCACCACAUAAUUGCUAUUCUGCAGGAAUCAAAAUUCAUCCACAUGAGUACUCAUGUAGCUCUGGACCUGCCUCUCUUUCUCUAAGGGCAAGACACAGGACACCAAGUGUUUUGCAGGUGAUCCUACUUAUUUAAAGACUGCUACUGAACUUUACUUCCAAAAGGGCACGGGGUGAAGGAAUGGUUGUUGAGGCCUCCUUUUAUCCAUCCCCCACCCUGAAGUGGUGGUUAGUAUACGGUACUUGAACAGAUUAAAUUUCAAGCAAACUGCUGACAGGGCUGGGCCAGGACCAAAGUACCUGAAUUCUUUUUCCUGAAAUUCUUUCUCCAUCUUAAAUUCAUUAGUCCACCUCAUCUUUCAAUUCUUCUGUAGUUACCCUACAUGGAUACAUUUUAAAGGACCACUUGCCUUUCAUUCUGAGUUGAAGAGCUACCCAAGGUCCCCUGAGAAUUAUAUCCCAAUGCCAGAAAUGACAGUUUUGUUUAUGACCAGGUCACCACAUUAGAGUCCCAAUGUCCAUGAGCUGAAGAUCUGAUUUCAGACAACCUGAUACAAGUUUACCAGCCUUCUUUGCUAUAGUGAAGGCCACUCCAGCCACCACCUAGGAGGGCAGAGCAGUUUGAGCAAUUCUAUCCCAAAAGCAACCACCCUUCUUUCUUAGGCCAGCAGUAGGCUGUCCAUCUUACCAAACAAAAAAAAAAAAAAAAAAAAUCACCCAAAACCAAAAAAAUCUUACCAGUCUGAAAGGACCAGCUUUUGGCUGCUUUGAUCACUGUGAAAGUGCCCCCAGGCUCCUGUUUCUGUUAUGAAUCUACCAUUUAGUCAAAGUUCUUUUGAUUUCUUUAAAUUAAUUUUUAUAUACUUCAGAUAAAAUUUCAUUUUGUCAUAAGGAAAAUGUGGCUGAAAAGGUUAUGUGCAAAAAAAAAAAGGUUCAGAAGACAAAAUGUUGGUUUUCCCCAUUUUUCCAGUUUGCCAAGGGGAGAUAGCGCUCUGUCCAAGGUGGGGAACAUUCGUGGCUUUCCCUUUUGUGACUGAACAGGCAUCAAAACAGAUAGCUUUCCUUUUCACGAACACUGUAAAGUGUGGCUGACACAAGGAUACAAUCCUGCCUGCUGACUUCCAUCUACCAUUCUUGGUCCAAGUUAAAAGAGAACUCCUCCUUUUAGGGUCAUGUAACUAACUCUUCCAGACCCAGGAGGUCUCAGCUCCUCCAUUAUAAGCCCCAAUAUGACUGACCCUACCUGGCCUCCUUUCGAAUUUAUACUUCAAUGUAAUACUUUUAAAUAUGUGGUGAUUGGGUAAAAACAUUUCCCCAGAAAGAAUGUUACUUUUAUAAACGUGUGGAAUUUUAAAAAGCAAUUAAAUAGCUACUCCUUGUAUUUUUCAAAUACUCCCUAAGACAAGAUCCUUGUUGAAGCUGAACCAACAGGCAUUUGUUUAUGCUACUUGCGGGGCCCAGUAAAGCCACAUUGAUUAAAUAAAUAAUUGCAGGUACUCGAAUACUUUUUAAGCUGAGUUUUUCUUUCUAAAUAGAAGUUUAUAUUAACCUCUCCAUCAUAGGUAGACAGUGUAUGGAUUUAAUUUGUCUGAGGUUAAGUCUUCAAACUUCCAUGUUUUUGUUUCUACUUCCCUCAAUGGUUACCCCUUUUAGGAAUUUACCUUCUCUGCUCCAUCUUUGGCUCUUAGAGAAACAAGCAUGGGAAGAAAGGAUCCAUUUUACAGUUCCCUUGGAAUCUAUGUCCCACUGCUAAAUUAAGGAAAAAAUCAUAAGCAAGAGAGACUUCCGCCUGUGGCUGAAGUGGCAUCAGUGUGUGGGCCUACCAGUGCAUCUGAUGUUCUGCUAAACACCACCUGCACCAGCUGCAAACUGCUAUGGACUUGCAGGUGGUAAGAUCCCUCUUUGAGACUUAGAGCAGAAGUUAUUUAUGAUUCAGUAUCUUAAGUGAUCAGACAGUUGAGACUUAUCAUGCCCCUCCUCCCUCUCUUGCUCUAGCCCCAGAGGUACACUAGAUAUUUAUUUCAUCAUUGCCAAUGCAGGUAAUUAACUGUUACAGAUUCACUCUUAUUUGCAAGCAUGUCAGCUUUCUGAAGUUAAUAUCCAUGCUGCCUGAAACUGGAAUGUUAAGUUAAUAAAAAAUUAAGUACCAGUUAAACAUAAUUGCCUAAUUCUCCUUUGAGAUGCUUGCACUUGUUGCUAACUCUUCCUCUGAGCCUGCAGCAAUACUUUAACAGGGAUCUCAGAGAACUUUAAAUUAGAGCCUUGACUACUCCAGAAAGGCAGUCCAAAUUAGAGCCUAUGCAAUUUCUUUUUGAAAACUGUUAAAGUAGUAAAGUCCUUACUAUGGCCUCAUCCUAAGAACUUGAAACUAUGUGAAAAUCUCCCAGUCCCUUACCUACAUAUUGAUCACAUUAUUUUAAAUGGAGAGAGAGGGGGAAAAAAAAAAAAAACACCCCAUAGUUUUACCUCAUCUGGCCUGGACUAUGCCACUGGCAUGAAUUAAAAAUCUCUGUAGCUGCCUUGUUCCCUUCUAAAGGUGUUCUUAUGGACCACAAAAGUUAUCCUGCAAUUUUUUUUUUUUUUUUUUUUUUACUUCUAUCAAUUAUAUUAAAACCCUCAAGAGUCUGGAUAUCACGCUCAUGUUUUAGGUAGUGAGAAAGACAUCAGGAGUACUGAAAACACCCAAAACUUUGGAUUAAUGACAUAUGAAACUCCUAAGGAUCCCUAAAACUUAUAAACCAUUUACAAACACCUAACUGGGAGUUAUGUCUCAGCCAUGAAACUAUGUAAAGCGAAACGAUCAUGCUAAGUUUACAGCUAUACCAAAUUCCUAGAUAUAACAAGACAUAUAGUUAGAAAGUUUGUAGAGGGAUGCCUGGGUGGCUCAGCGGUUUAGUGCCUGCCUUCCACCCAGGGCAUGAUCCUGGAGCCCUAGGAUCAAGUCCCACAUCAGGCUCCCUCUAUGGAGCCUGCUUCUCCCUCUACCUGUGUCUCUGCCUCUCUCUCUCUCUCUCUAUCUCUCAUGAAUAAAUAAAUAAAAUCUUAAAAAAGUUUGUAGAGGCCAAAAGGUAGAGAAUUCUGAUGAAUGAAAUUUCUGCAAUGAAUUUAAUUAGGCUGUAGUCAUAGGAUUGCCAAGGUUUUUUGAGAGGGAAGGGAGCAUAAGUAACAUUUUUAAGUUUAUUUUUCUGCCAUAAGUGACAGCUUUGUAGAACAGCAUUUUUUUUUAAACUCCAAAAUAAAUCCUAUAGCAAAUAUUUUUCUAUUUAUCUACAUGGAAUGGCCAGUUUGGCAAGAAAUGAUACAGAUUCUACUUGCUGCACACCUAUUUCUCACUGAAGUUUAUCCAAAUCCUAUUCUGGUUCAUUGAAACUUUGUGUUUAUAUUGGCCAGGUUGAAGACAGCUCAAUCUGUGGCCUUCUGAAGUUCCCUGUUUCACACACUUGAACUUUCUAACAAUAGAUACAUGUCUUAAGCCGCCAAACAUUGACUUUUUAGAAUUGGAACCAGAACUAUCAUUGCAAUGCUGGCUGCUGCCACCAUAUCAUCCCUGAGCACUAGAUGGCUGUUAAAAUAUAAAAAUGGAAAAGAAUACAAGCUGAAAAGCAGCUGUACAUGCAUUCUUGCUUUACCAAUUCCUGUACAGAGGAAGACCAUUUCACAUCCAAUGGCUGCAUUUUUUUGAGUUAUAUUAGAUAAAUUCUUUAUCAACCAUCUUGCAUCUGAGUGAGCUCUUGCAUGUGACCAAGACAAGAAAUCAUUCUGGCCCAUAACAGCAACUGCUAUUGAAUAACUAGAUCCUUGACUAGUAGUGCUUGAUUUUUCCUUAGUCAAGGUGGCUACAAAUCACUUAUCCACUGAUGAGCAGAAUGAAGCAAGCCACCAACAAAAAUUCCUCCACGUUCACACCAAUGACCUGCUAUUAGUUAGCUCUUGCUGUGCCAUUCAUUCUUGCACUUUCUGCAAAUCAAAUCCAUGUGGGAAGUGUUCUACUUGUAGAACUCACAGAAUUCACUGAGUGCUCAUGUCAAGGACUGCCAAGUAAAUGAGGGCCCCUAAUAAUCUGCUUUCCUUUGAAUGUAAUGCAAAGAUGACACAUGUUCAUUUUUCUAUGCCUAAUCAGUUUCUAGACAUAUUAUCAAGACUUAUUUACUUUGCAUGAGAUUUAAGUUUCCUAUUAUUUGAAAAUGUGCUCCUUUUAAACCACCUGAAUUAGAAAAACUUGCUGGAAUGUACUGUCAGUUAUUAAAGCACAUGUGACUAAGUUUGCAUUUGUCAGUAUUGUUCUACUGUUUGUACUGAAAGUCUCAUUUUAAAGUUGCCCCUUAACAUUGUACUAUACCUUGUAAUUUUUUAGAUUCUUCACUUGUAUGCUUUAAAUGUUUCCAGAUGCCUUUAGUUUUUAGCCGCUGUAAAAUAGCUACUUUGUGUUAUUUGAUAUAGGAUUGUUUUUUAAAAAACUCCAUUUAUUUAUACAGAGACAUUUAUAAUAUUUUACAUUCUUAUAUUCUGAAUAAAUAUUUCUAAUUCCAUGUA